AUGAGAGCCAUAUCUGGCUGCAGCCUUGCGCUCUGCAGUCUGCUGCUGUUGCUCCAAGCCCCGGGCACCCUUCCCUUGGCUCCCCAGUCCAGAGGGCACCUCUGCCAGACCCGGCCAACGGACCUGGUGUUUGUUGUCGACAGCUCACGCAGUGUGCGGCCUGUGGAGUUUGAGAAGGUGAAGGUGUUCCUGUCCCAGGUCAUUGAGUCUCUGGACGUGGGGCCCAAUGCCACCCGGGUGGGCGUGGUUAACUACGCCAGCUCUGUGAAGCAGGAGUUCCCACUGCGGGCCCACAACUCCAAGGCGGCGCUGCUGCAGGCAGUGCGCAGCAUCCAGCCACUGUCCACCGGCACCAUGACGGGUCUGGCCAUCCAGUUCACCGUCACCAAGGCCUUCAGCGAUGCUGAGGGAGGCCGCGUCCGAUCCCCAGGCAUCCACAAGGUGGUCAUCGUGGUGACAGAUGGGAGGCCCCAGGACAGUGUGCGGGACGUGUCUGCGCGCGCCCAGGCCAGUGGCAUCGAGCUGUUCGCCAUCGGAGUGGGCCGCGUGGACAAGGCCACGUUGCGACAGAUCGCCAGCGAGCCGCAGGAUGAGCACGUCGACUACGUGGAGAGCUACAACGUCAUUGAGAAGCUGUCCAAAAAGUUCCAGGAGGCUUUUUGCGUGGUGUCAGACCUGUGUGCCACGGGGGACCAUGAUUGUGAGCAGGUGUGCAUCAGCUCCCCAGGCUCCUACACCUGCGCCUGUCAUGAGGGCUUCACCCUGAACAGUGAUGGCAAGACCUGCAGUGUCUGUGGUGCUGCUGGUGGCAACUCAGCCACUGACCUGGUCUUCCUCAUCGAUGGAUCCAAGAGUGUGAGACCAGAGAACUUUGAGCUGGUGAAGAAGUUUAUCAACCAGAUUGUAGACACACUGGACGUGUCAGAUAAGUUGGCCCAGGUGGGGCUGGUGCAGUACUCAAGCUCUGUACGCCAGGAGUUCCCCCUGGGCCGCUUCCACACCAAGAAGGACAUCAAGGCGGCUGUGCGGAACAUGUCCUACAUGGAGAAGGGCACCAUGACUGGGGCAGCCCUCAAGUACCUCAUUGACAAUUCCUUCACUGUAUCCAGUGGGGCUAGGCCUGGUGCCCAGAAGGUGGGCAUUGUCUUUACUGAUGGCAGGAGCCAGGACUAUAUUAAUGAUGCUGCCAAGAAGGCCAAGGACCUUGGUUUUAAGAUGUUUGCUGUGGGUGUGGGCAAUGCAGUGGAGGAUGAGUUGAGGGAAAUUGCCUCGGAGCCUGUGGCAGAGCACUACUUCUACACAGCUGACUUCAAGACCAUCAAUCAGAUUGGCAAGAUAUUGCAAACAAAGAUCUGCGUGGAGGAGGACCCAUGUGCCUGCGAGUCUAUUGUGAAAUUCCAGGUCAAAGUGGAGGGACUGCUCCAGGCUCUGACCAGAAAGCUGGAAGCGGUGAGCAAGAGGCUGGCCAUCCUGGAGAACAGAAUCGUCUAA